AUGGAGUUCAACAUGAACUCGACCUUUGCGCCACCGGCGGCGGCAACAUAUCCCGAGCUCUAUGCCCUGGCGAGUCAAAACCCGAAACUGUCUUUUCUGGAGAAGGCGUGGUGGACACACUAUGCGUACUGGGAUAAUGACAUUAUCGCAACUGGCAUCAUCACCUUCCUUGCUCACGAAAUCCUCUAUUUCGCCCGUUGCAUCCCGUGGAUAAUCGCCGACGCUCUUCCUACACUAUUCCACCGUUUCAAGAUUCAGGACAAGAAGGCACCCCCGUCAGCAAAGGAACAAUGGAGUUGUGUGAAAUAUAUCCUUGCUAUUCACUUCAUUGUGGAAAUGCCUAUGAUCGUCCUGUUCCACCCGAUGAUGGAGCUCUUUGGCCUCAAAUACGCCCUUCCAUUCCCCGACCUUAAAACCCUGGCCAUUCAGAUCACGAUCUUCUUCUUCGUCGAAGAUACAUAUCACUACUGGCUACACCGUGCCUUCCACUGGGGCCCUCUUUAUCGUGCCAUCCACCGGGUGCACCAUCAAUAUGCCGCGCCGUUUGGUCUGACAGCCGAGUACGCCAGUCCAUGGGAGACCAUGCUUCUCGGCCUGGGCACGAUUGGACCCCCUUUGGUUCUUGGCUACUUCACCGGUGAGGUGCAUUUGAUGACUGUGCUGGCUUGGGUGGCUCUGCGUCAGUUCCAGGCCAUCGACGCGCACUCUGGAUACGAUUUCCCCUGGAGUCUGAGACGGAUCUUUCCGUUGUGGGGAGGAUCGGACUGGCAUGACGAUCACCAUCGAUACUUCCGGGGGAACUACUCUAGCUCGUUUAAGCAUUGGGAUAUCUUGAUGGGAACGGUUGCCGGUCCCCGAGGGAAGAAGAUGCGGCAGGAUUGA